AGUUCCCAACCUGAGCCUGAACCUGAGCCUGGCACUCCCGACAGCUCCCAUCUCAGCUGACAAUAGGUGUGUUACAGGUGUGUUACCUCAUGACAGGUGCGACACACAUCACAACAGGUGUGUUACCUAGGAAUAUAGGUUAUUCCUUGGUAAGUCUAGCAUUGCCUGGUUGAUGGGAAAGGACACACACACACACAGGACUUACUUCCUCCUGAGAGUUGACGGACAUGGGCACAUGAGGAGUGGACACACACAGACACAGCUCUACGAGAGACACAGAGGAUUAUUUUAUGGUUGGACUGGCCCAUGGUUUCGUGUGUGGAUUUCUCUGGUGAUUGGCAGACUUGAGUAAACUACAUCAGGCAUGACCACAGGACUGGACUCUUUUACCUUCAUUGACCCUGCUGCUCUACCUGCGUAAGACAGAGAGAAAUAGACGGAGCAAGAGAGACAACUCUCCCUUUACCUCUCUCUGCCAGAAGUAAAAAAAAUAAAAAAAUAAAAAAGUACAAUGUGAGCGCAGACAACUUGGGGAAGCCAUCCGGUCAGCUAUAUUGUCUGUUUUCCACUAUCUUGAGUAAAGAGACACUGGGACCUCUGCACAGAAGCAUGGGACACAAACAUCAGCCAGAACCCUGCCCCCUUUUCCUCUGCACCACCCACUCAUUUACAUAUGCAGGUACCCCAAGGACUUCCGUCUGUAAGACUAGCCCUUAGAACACAUGCAUAGAGAAGAGCAUUCUGUCCUGUCUACACAGUCACUAUAAACUCCUGUAUCACAGGUGUCUCAGAAACUGUGUGGGAGAGAGAGACAGAAAGUAGGGGAGAGACCAGAGAGCGAGACAUAGAGUGGACGUGUCAAGUAUAGAGAUAGAGCUAUAGAGGUAUAGACAGAGGAAUUAUCUUUGAGUCAUGCAAGGCCGUGUGUGUCAGCUGUUGCUGGUGAAUACGUUGACCUGUGGUCUGGAGGUGUGUAUGGCUGCAGGGACUUUCUACAUCCCCCCUCUACUGCUGCAGGCCGGCAUGGAGGAACGCUACAUGACCAUGGUGCUGGGAGUCGGGCCGGUUCUGGGUUUGAUCUUCGUGCCCAUGAUCGGUUCGUAUAGUGACUCGUGGCGUGGUCGUUUUGGUCGGCGCCGGCCAUUCAUCUGGCUCCUGUGUGUGGGGGUUCUGCUGGGCCUGCAGGUCUUGCCCCAGGCUUCUCACCUAGCUGCCCUGCUCUACCCACAGCGCCCCCGCUGGCUGGAGGGGGUACUGCUGGCGGGGGCAGCCUGUCUGCUGGAGUUCUCAGGGCAGGCCUGUUUCACACCGCUGGAAGCGCUGAUCUCAGACCAAUUCCCUGGAGAGGAGGAGAGCAGAAGGGCCUUCUCUGUCUACUCACUGAUGAUCAGCCUCGGAGGAUGCCUUGGGUACCUGCUCCCAGCCCUGGACUGGAGCCAUGCCCCCACAGCAGCCUACCUGGGUGGCCAGGAGGCCUUUAUCUACGCGUUGAUCACCCUCAUCUUCCUCACCUGCCUCUUCAGCACAGUCUUCAUCUCAGAGGACAGAUGGACCGGAGGAGAAGGAGAGAAAACCAGGAAGGGCGUUAGCGUUAGUUCCGCCCUGAGCCCUUCCCCUUGGAGGAGCCGAUACUGUGCACACCCCUUGCUGUCGCGGCCCCAGUGUGUGCGGAUGGCUGUGGGGUGGUGUGUGUCGCUGUGCGUAUCGGCACUGCCGCAUGUGUACGGUGUGUGUAUGCGCGUGCCGGCAGUGAUACGGCGGCUGUUUGUAGCUGAGCUGUUCAGCUGGAUGGCUCUGAUGAGUUUCAUGCUGUUCUAUACAGACUUUAUGGGAGUGGGGCUGUACCGUGGAGUACCCAACGCUACACCUGGAACACAGGAGAGACUACGAUACGACGAAGGUGUACGCAUGGCGAGCAUGGGUCUGUUCCUGCAGUGCCUGAUCUCCGUGGUCUGCUCCAUCCUGAUGGAGCGCUGGAUGGUGUUGCUAGGUGCCCGGGCUGUGUACGUUAGCAGUGUGAUCCUGCUAGCGUUAGCUACAGCUGUGAUGAGCUUCUCAAAGAGUGUAGUGAUGGUCACAGUCAUGGCCGCAGCUACUGGAUAUACCUUCUGUGUGCUGCAGGUCCUGCCCUACACCCUGCUGUGUCUGUACCACUCUGACAGACAGGUCUUUUUCUCCAGCUACAAAUCCAGACCUUCUCACCCAGGAGAAAGUGACAACCACACCCACUCCAAGCUCCUCCUUCCCCCCGACCAUGGCAAGGCCCCCCUUCUCACCUCUGCCUCCCCCAAAGUGUCUCUGCCCCUGGAGAGAGAGGGAGAGGCCGUAUCCCUGCCUCAGAGAGGAAUGUGUCUGGACAUGGCUAUCCUGGACAGUGCCUACCUGCUCUCCCAGGUGCUGCCUGCUCUGUGUCUGGGCUCCAUAGUGCAGCAAUCACACAGCGUCAGUGCCUAUAUGGCCUCAGCUUGCUUCCUCAGCCUCCUGUCCCUGCUCUGCUCCACCGGGGUCGUCUUCACACGCAGCGACUUCCACAGGCUCACAGGGUCAAAGGGCGACACUCCAACGCUGAGGGGGCUAAAGGGUUAAUCCAUUGUGGAUUCUAGUUGUUAUCUGUGUUCUAUUGUGGAAUUGCAGAUUUCUACUAGAUUUCGGCAGUCCGUUAUAGAAUCUGGUAUAGAAUCCUGUAGAAUGAGAAAUAUGCCGUCUGACUCCUCAAAGGGUUUGGGAUUGCAGCUCUGACAUCAGCACCUCUGAGACAGACAGACAGACUGGCCAAUUUUUCAUGUCAUACAUACUGUGUCAACAGCUCAAGAGCUAUGUUGACACAGGUAGAGAUUAACAACACAAUCUAAGGGACAGAUCAUUCUUUCUGCACAUACUUUUUACUUCCAGCCACAGAAUCACAUUGUGUGCUGUUACUUCUGGGCACAUUUCAUAUAGUUUUGUCAAUGUAUUUAUCUACUGUUGGUUGGUGUGUCAUUCCGCUAUGGCAUUUCUUUAUCUCUAAUUGUAAUGAGUUUACGAACCUUAUAGUUUCUUAUGUUGACAUAAAGAACUAGGUAGUCAUAUGAACAGUGACAAUUGUGUUUUGGAUAAUACAUCAAGAGUCUUUGUCCCCUAUCCCUAUGCCUUAACCCAACAUGUAAAUCUUCUGUUUUCGAUAUGCUAUGAUAUCAUGAUUACUUGAAAAGAGAGUGAAAUGGUAUGUAUUGAUAACAUAUGAUUGUGUGUAUGUAUUGGGAAUGAAGUGUGGCAUUGUAUUCCUCAGGGAGCUCAGUGCAGGAAAAUCAGUUUCCAUUGUAGGCUGAUAGCUAAAUGCCUUAUUUUUAAACCAUGUACUUGAAUGUAAUAAUACAUUGUCAUCAGGUGGGAAAUGUACAGUUAUUCCAUGUUUUCCUGGCAUGGUGUCCUUGGACAUGCUUUCACCUAAUGGUAAAAUGUUCUGCAAAAAUUAGCUAUAUAUUUCUUACAUAAUAUAUUGGUUGGUUUUAUAGUUUUUCACGGUUUAAACUGUUUGUAAUUGUAUCAAGGAAAAUGAUUAGUUAUUACUUUGCUCCAGGGGUGCCAUACUACUAUGGCUGACCCUGUAAAACAACACAUCUCACUGCACCUAUCCAGUGUUUAAAAACAUGAAGUUAUUACACAGGGUAAUAGCAGGUCGUAGUGCCUUACAUUAUUGCAUUUUUAUAUGCAAGCAUUCUUUCUCCUUCCUUUUGUGUU